CGCAUGCGUGUUGUUAUACUGGGAAUUUCCAACAGCUGAGGAGGCGUAGCUAGCCAUGACUAGCACUUGUUAAAGCUUGGACAUGGCUGAUAACAACCCCAAGAUCAUGAAUCUGUCGUCUUGAUGAGUGACCUUGAACUCUACCAAUGCUGAAACCAAGCAAUGGAAUAGAUGCAAGUCUGUGUGCCAAGGAAAACCUCCCCCCUGACGUUAUCUUGCAUGACAGAGGCCUGUUUUUCUGGAAACAAGUCAGGCUUUGAGCCAAAACCAGAGAUGCUCAUACCAAGGCAUCCUUAUGGGCUACAGCCUUGCUACACCAACUGAAAGCACUAGAAAACUGCACCUCUUGCUUAGAGGAUGUGCUACUGAGUGGAUGCAAAGACUGACUCCUCUGCCAUCUCUCCACAACAUUAACAAUUAGUGUAUACGGUUUAAAAAAUGGUAACCAAAAAUGGUGUCUGAAUGUGGCAUUUUGUGGUUGGGCAUGCUAAAAGGUGUGAGGCUCUCUCCAAAAAGUAUAACAGCUGACUAAUAGUCUGCUGCUAAUAAUGGAUGCCAAGUUAAAAGAGGACCUGUUCCGGAGGUAUGUGACAGCACUGGAGAAGCGCCUGGAGGAAGGAGGGGAUAACAGGGGGACUGGAAGUACGCAAGAAGGGGAAAGAAGCAGACACAAGGACAGUGAGGCUUUACUUUCCACAGCCACAGCUCUGCUAGGAGCCUAUCAGCCAGAUCCGGCACAGCGAUUUCGCAUGGUGCGUUUCUAUGAGGUAGUAGAGAACUCCCUCCGCUCUCAGAGAGGAGUUAACCUGAAGGGCCUGGAGAGAGCCUUCCAUACCCUGGAAACCAUCUGCACCAACCUCCUGCUCUUCCCUUGGAAGAAGGAAUUCAGAUGUAUAAAGACCUUCACUGGCCCAUAUGUGUACCAUCUGCAGUCUGCCAUUUCUGAUGCUGAACUCCGAACUUUAAUGCGCACCAUUGGCUACACCUGUGACCAUGAUUCGCAGUUCCAUUUGCAGGAGCAUCCAGGAGGUGCAAAUCAUCUGCGGCAGUUGGCAUUUGAACUCUUCCUGGCCCAGGCAGAGUGUCGUCUUCUGGGAGAGGUAGUGGCUCUGGCCCGUGGUUCAGCGUCAGAACUGGAGGCCCUGGAGCUCCGCAGAGGUUGCAGAGAUGAUGCAGCUGGCUGUGCUGAAGCGCUCCGCAGACGUGACAGCCUUGGGGCAGAUAUGGCUCGGCUGUCCGUGCGGCCAUUGGAUAUUGAAAAGCCUCAUGCCCACCACCUUAGGCGAGGUAGCCGACCAUCUAAGUCUGUGGAUGUUACAGAUGGGGCUGGUCACUGGCAUGCAGCGGUUAGCAAGCCUGUCUUGAAGGCUUCAUUGAGUCUGAGGAAGGAGCCUCUAUUUGUGGAUGCAGAGGAGGAUAUGAAGGAUGAGAUCAUCAGGCCCAGCACCUCAAUAUCUCUUUCCUCUGUGGCUGUUCCACCUUCCUAUAGCCCUGUUGCAGAUUUCUUCCCAAUUCAGUCACCUCCCCCAGCGGAUCCCUACACAUCCUACCAUCCAUCCUCUUUAGAUGAGAUUGACUUGUACACAGAGAGGGGUGGGGCUGGCACAGGAGGAAGGCAGACCCCGUCUCGACCUCUAUCCAGAGAGCCUCGAGAUGGAAGGGAUGGGUGGCUGCACAAAGGUCAUGGUAGUGUGAAGUGCCAGGGUUGCGGGCUGGGCUGCACCACAAUGGCCUCCUGCCAGAGGUGUGACAUGAUCCUCUGUUCUGCCUGUCAUGAUGUGGACCCCUCCCCUUGCUGUGGCCUCCAGGACUACCAUCCAAAAUCUCCACGACCCCUUGAUGGAUACAUUCCUGUCAAGGAAAAGCUCUCUGUCUACUCUAAUACUCAUACUCACUCCCAUCUCCAUCCACACCCCCUCACACUGACCCACUCACAUUCUCAUCCCCACCCUCACCCUCAGAUGGUGGAGAAGCCCCUCAUGUCCACUAAGCUGUUUCCCAGCAAGUCUGUUGCCUUGACAACACCAAAGGGAGGCAGCAGUGAGCGAAUAAGCAUGGGGGGAUCGCGAUGCGGGUUUUGCAACAAGCCAGGUGCAUCACACACCUGUGUGAACUGUUCGAAAGUGUCAUGUGACUCGUGCAUGGGCUUGUAUGCAAAAGAUAUGUGCACGCGAAAGAAUCCUCAGCACAACUUUGUGCCCAACCAUCAGCUCAACUUCAAAACUGGCACCAUAUCUCACCUGGUGUACCGAUGAAUCAGGCAGCCAGAAUAUUUUUUUCCCUUCCACUCCCCUCCUUUAACCUGCAACAUAGUCUUGCACGAUUGCUUUAGCUUUCUUUCCAUUUAAAUCAUUCAUGUUCUUCAUCUCAGUCCAGUGCUUUAUUUAUUUUUUUGGUCUUAGUUUUUUUUUUUCCUAACCCUCUUUUAAACUUUGUACAUUUUAUCUUACUGUUGUAGGGCCAUUGGAUGCACAUGCCACAGAGAGCCAUAUCGUCUGCCCAUCUCUCUGCCUUGUACAAGUUCAGGCCUUUUAUCUAUUUCUUCUUCCUUUUACCUUGCUACCUGCUCUUGAGUAGUCAUGUGAUGUUGUAGCGCUUCCCAAAUCCCUCAAAUCUUGUCCUCAUCAAAAAGGGAAACUGGAGAAAGUUUAAUUCCUUCUCAUUUUGAAUGAAUUCCGUCCAAAUGAACAUAAUCUACUUUGCCUAAUUUCUCAGCUAAAAAAUCUUCUAAUAUAUAUAAAUAUAUAUAUAAAUAUACAGUAUAUAUAUAUAUGUGUGUGUGUGUGUGUGUGUGUGACUGAAUGAGUGAACGUGUAUGCGUGAGUGAGUGUAAAAAAGACCUCUGAGCUUGCAUUGUGAUAAAGGGGUCUUUUUAACUUGAAAAAAAUAUAGGAAAAAAGAGAAAACAUACACUGGAAGUCAAUAAGUCAAUAGUAUAUAUUUUUAAUCUCUAUUCUCUAGAACAACGUGAGACUGUUAAAUGGGCAUGAGGCCUGGCAUUAGGAAUUUUGGGGUAUAAACUUAUAUAUGUGGGUAUGGGGUGGGGGAUAUCUCAAGGGGACACACUGAGACAAUGGUCGAAUGCCAUAGAUUCUAUUUAAAAGAUUAUGCCUUGUAAAUUAAUCCUCAAUUGUUUCUGGUUGUAGGACUGGGGUUAAAUGCUGCUGUUGACUUGAGACAUUGAAGACAAGCGGCGUUGAUUUCUUUCUGGUAGUUGUGUCAGUUCCAAGCCCCCACUCCUUUUCAUUACACUUCUCAAGCCUUCAUGGAUCAUGAUGUUGUAGUGCCCCUGCACUAGAUCAGUGGUUCCCUGUUAGUCUUGGGUGGGACCACAGGAAGUCUCACACUGGGCCAGAAAUCUAGGGAUUAUGGUUCAAUUGAACAGUUUGUCAGACUAUUGAUAGGAUAGGUUUUAGGCAGUAUGAAAGUACAUACUCUAACAUGGUUUCUGUCUACCUCAAAUGGCUUCAGCUUAUACACCCAGUAUGACAUUGUGGUUUUAAACUAGCCCUAAGAUCUAAAGAUUGUUUGUUUAUUGCAUCUUUCAUUUCUAAUUUAUGUUUAAGCAAACUAGAAAGCAUCACCCUUUUACAAUCAGCUGAGCCUGUCAAGUGGUAGAGGCCAGCAAAGACAUCAAAAAUGUUACACAUGCAAACUUUAAUGCGGUUCAGUAUUUUGACAAGUACAUAGCAGUUAAACACUUAUUUGCAGUUUUGCUGAUGAACUAUUUACCACAUUGCUUUUUGCACUAUAUUUCACAGAGCUUUCUGCACAGCACAGUGACUGCAGGCUGGAGUUUUUGAUUUAUUUCUUGCUAGUUAGUUUUGACAGCACAUUUUUAAACACUAAAUCUGCAUCUGUUUGAUGUAUGGGGGCAGAAUGGGAGGUAGUUAUGCUAAUAAACUAAAGUAAUGAAUUAAACUGCAUAUUUUAAGGGGUAGAUAUACUCUGCUUACAUUUGAAACUGAGGACCAUACAUUUAGUGUUUACCUUUAGUAAUUAGACUUUCAUUUUCAUUGUAAUCUCAAUUGUAAUAUUUUAUAUCGCAGUUGAUCGUCACCAAGGGCUAAUUUUAAAUCACAUUGCAUUAAACAAAAAAGUCUGAGUCUGGGUUAUUUUGACAGACUGCUUAGGCUGUUGUAGCCUUUAUGUUCUGUCAGGAGUAACCUCUAAAUGCCUUAAACUCAUUCAGCUGUCUUAUCCUAGUGUAUUUAAGCUCUUGAUGUUGUUGUUCUCACCCUGUUUUGUCUUUAACCAGCCUGUAGGUUUAAAAUUAACAUGUGGUUAACAGGCUAGAAAAUGAAGUUCACUUCUCUGAUGGUGAAGUGAAGAAUUCAGAGUGAAUUAAAAUUACACCUAAGAGUAUGGAGUAUGUGUUGAAUACAGAACAUACCUACCAUGUAUAUUAACAUAAAUAUGCAGCAAUGAACACAUUGUACAUCUGUAAACAUUGUAGAUGUUUUGCUUGGAAACAGGUUUGGUAUAUAUUUUGUUUGCGUAGAGAUAUUACCUUAACACAUUGGUUUCAGAAAGUGACAUCUGAUUUCAUUCUUUUCAUUCCUUCCCUUCAAAACUGAAAAUUGUCUUUUGUGUCUUUAUCAUAUUAAAGAAGGGAUCUUUUGAUACCAAUUAGAUGUAGUUUUAGCGGUUCUUUGAAAGAUGUUCUUUUGCUAAUUUGGGUAUCAAAAAUAGAAGUCUUGAGUGCCCUUAUGGGAGGUGUGCAAUUUUUCUGUUUCCAUCAAAGAAGACUUUCUAGAUAUUUAUCAUAGCUAUAUUUCAGUUAUUCAAUUCAAAUCAUACCAGCAACAAAGACAACUUUCAGAUGUAUUGAGCCAUGUUGAGUGAUCAUAUUGCCAAAUGAAGAACAAAUAUCUUACCGGAGGAGAAAACAAAAUUAUGUGGCUUGCCUGGAUGUACAGUUAAUGUAACAUAAAUCUGUGAUUUUGCUAAAGUUUAGCUUCGUGUCUGUAGAUGUUGGCCUUUUUAAGAAGCCUAGAGAGAAACCCCCCCCCAUCAACAUAGAUACCUACUCACACACCAUCGGAUGUGUCACUUGAAACAGUGGACUGAUAACUUGUGUAGGUCACUACAAAGGGCUAAACAGUCUGCAGGGCUGCUGCUAAGUUUGUGGGCACUGUUUUAACGUUUUAAUGAGAAACUGACAGAUCAAUAUCUAAUGAGGGGCUUACAUUCAUCAGUUGUUAUGAAUUACUGAUGUUGGGAAAACAAAUGUCAUGGAACACUGAGCCAUUUUAACAUGAUUGGUUUAUCCCACACUUGAAACACUCAAGUCAUUGUGGAAGUGAAUGCUCCCCUUUACCUCUGUGUGGUUAUCUUACUGAUAUUAGCAGUCUUGGUGUAGUUAGGCAGCCUCUACCCAUUUCCCUAACCUUCCUCUUGGCAUGCUCUGUACAAGGCCCAUACCCAUACCCACACCCCACCCCACCUACCUUGGCACUGAGGAUCAUCGCACAAUGUAUUUGAAGGGGUAUGGACCUUGUGAUCAAUGUGUGGGCUUACAUGGGGUGGAAAGGGAAAAUAGCCAAAAAUUGUUAAUUGGUGAAUAUAUAAAGAGAAAUGAAAUGAAGCAAAACGUAAAUGAGAUUUUAUAAAUUAAUUUAAAGAAUAAAGUUCUGAAA